AAAAUCGAGUCUUUGAGACAGCCCUGCCAUGAUUCGCCUGUUGUUCGUGCUUUCCUUCUUCUCUCUGCUCUUCACCCUCGCUUUUGCUGGUUCAUGGAGUACUCAAAAUCUUGAAAGCAGAAAGGAUGACUUGCAUCCAGAGAUUUUAAGGGAUGAGGCCGUGGCUCGACUUGAAGAGCUUGGAAAGGUCAGUGAUGCUGAGGGUUAUCUUGAGAGGACAUUCAUGAGCCCUGCUUCAGUGAGGGCUGGACAUCUUAUACGUGGGUGGAUGGAGGAUGCUGGCUUGAGAACAUGGAUCGACCAAAUGGGCAAUGUGCAUGGUCGAGUAGAUGGGAUCAAUGCAAGUUCCAUGGCUAUUUUGAUCGGUUCACACUUGGAUACUGUUGUUGAUGCCGGAAUAUUCGAUGGAUCAUUAGGUAUUGUCUCAGCAAUAUCUGCACUGAAGGUUCUGAAUGCCUGCGGAAAGUUGGGUAAUCUAUUGCGGCCUGUCGAGGUAAUCGCUUUUAGUGAUGAAGAGGGAGUUAGAUUCCAAUCUACCUUCCUAGGUAGUGCUGCUGUUGCUGGAAUAUUGCCAGCUUCAGCCUUGCAAUUUUCUGAUAAAAGCGGUGUAACUGUACAAGAGGUUCUUAAAGAGAACUCAAUACAAACCAGUGAAGAAAAUUUAUACAACCUCAAGUAUGAACGAGAUUCUGUUUGGGGUUAUGUUGAGGUUCACAUAGAACAAGGACCUGUACUGGAAUGGAGGGGUUUGCCUCUUGGGGUGGUGAAAGGAAUAGCUGGACAGACAAGAUUGAAGGUAACUGUCAGAGGUUCUCAGGGGCAUGCUGGUACGGUUCCAAUGUCUAUGCGUCAGGACCCUAUGUCGGCUGCGGCUGAACUCAUUGUGUUACUGGAAAGUUUUUGUAAACAGCCUGAAGAUUUUCUCUCCUUUGAUGAUCACUGCAAAGCUUCGACAGUGCAGUCGCUUUCCACUUCACUUGUUUGCACUGUUGGAGAGAUAUCAUCUUGGCCAAGUGCAAGUAAUGUCAUUCCAGGCCAAGUGAUAUUCACGGUGGAUGUACGUGCAAUAGAUGAUAUGGGACGCGAAGCAGUGAUCUAUGAAUUAUCUAACAGGAUGUAUCAGAUAUGCGACAGGCGGUCUGUUUCCUGCAUGAUUGAGCGCAAGCAUGAUGCAGGUGCAGUUAUGUGUGAUGACGAGUUGCACAGACAGCUCAAGUUUGCGGCUCACUCUGCGCUCAAGAGGAUGUUGGAUAAUCAGUUCCUAGAUGAAGUUCCAGUGCUAAUGAGCGGAGCCGGACAUGAUGCCAUGGCCAUCUCACAUCUAACCAAGGUCGGAAUGAUCUUUGUACGUUGUCGUGGAGGUGUGAGUCAUUCGCCGGAGGAGCACGUGUUGGACGAUGAUGUUUGGGCCGCUGGUCUCUCGGUCUUGGCUUUCCUUGAAACCCACAUGUAAAGAACUAUUCGACUAUGUACAGUGCAAUCUGAUUAAUUUAACAGGAUUUCUUAAGCUGCA